AUGGCACAUAGGCAGUGCCAUGGUCUCGGCUCCGAACAGCGCACUGCAUCCGUGGCGAUAAGUAGACCGGUGAGCUUCGUGGGUUGGUCCUCCAAAGUGAGACAUUGCAAGCUCUCAGCAUUGUUGGUACAACUUUCGUUCAGCAAGGGCGUCCGCCCGGCUCCCGGCAAACGCCAUCUCUGUGAUGGCUUGAGAGGCGGCCUUGGCCCCACAGCUUUCACGUUGUUACACGGCACUUGCUGCGGACUUCAGCUGAUCUCGAUAUGGCAAUUUCUCGUCUCGGAUGCGUCUCGAGUGCUGAAUCCUUCGGCAUGCUCAGCCUUGAGCAAUAUCGAUACUGGUCAGAUAUGGACAUGGUCGGUGUUGGCUCAUGUACAGGUUCGAUCCAAGCUCCGCUUCGAAGCUUUGCUGGCGCUCUCAGCUGGCGUUAGUAUCGACUUGACGGAGACUCACCGGAUUCACUGGCUGUAUCUUGAGGCAGCGACGACUAAGCUCGUGCAUUGUUGUUCGAAAGCUGUAAUGCUGUGUAGCCCAGCAUCGAAAUGCUACAGUAAGAGUCACCUCACCAGCGAUCAUUGGUCAUCAAACCAGGGGCGGAUCAAUGAUGCACGCAAGACACUGGAUCCUUCCCACGAGAAUGCGCUAUGCGGCGAAGCUCGAGUCAGGCGAAUCAACCAUGGUGGUGGUCAGACGCAAAGAGCACAUCGCCAAGUUGCUCGCGCUUCUCGACUAGCGUCCGUUCUGGCAUACGGAUAUAAAGCACACAGGAAAUUCCUGUCUAGUGAGAUUAUCAGCGUUCUCGACACAUUAUCUUCCAGCAAGCAGAUCAAAGUCACUCACUCUCGCCAACGCCCCUCGAGCAUCAGCAAACAUGCAAUUCUCCUCCAUCCUCGCAGGCGCUAUGAGCCUGGCUGUAACACUAGCGGCACCCUCGCCUUUUGGAGACAACGCUGCUGUCGAGAAGAGAGGUGCCGGAGCCGUAAGUCUGCCCACCUAACCACACAUACGCUGGCAUCGUCUGCCACUCAAAAACCUCUAGCUGACCAGCUCUACCAGGCAGCAUGUGCUACAUACUGCAUCAUCCUCGCCGAAGACCCGCCAGUCUUCGCAGCUUGUGUCAUUGGCUGUGCAGCCACUGGCGUUCCUGAAACCGAGGGGUUGAAGCCAAAGACGUUGGAAGAUGGAACUAUCUGGGAGAGUAGUGCAGUGCCGUAUUCGAUCAGCGGUGAACAUUCAACAUGUUCUCGGGCUGUUCCAUUUCCGGCAAGGAGCUUCGUUUUUGGUGUUUUUCUCGGUCAUAUCGGCAGUAGCAAGUCCAAAUUUGAUCCACUUUUACUGCUCGCUGAUUUCGCUGAGAAUAAUGAUCCAAGACAACUUCUGCUUCCUCUCACAUUUAUCGCCUUUUUCUUCCCUGAGAUGACGUGUACCUGGCUGUCCCAUGCUUGCGAUCUGAAAAUGAUCUGGUUUGGUGAUCGCAGCGUCGUUAGCUCCGGCACAGCGAAGACUCUCGAUACGGCAUUGGAUGCCAUGGCGUUGCUUGGAAAAGCAGGACGAGAGUUUGCAAAAGUCGUGCGUGAAAACUCUUUUGAAGCGCAAGAAUUGGAGUUGAGACGGAGUCGGUGUUUCGCUGUCUUGGGGUUUUAUGCCACUGAUAGAGUCUGCGAUGGUAGCCAAGUGAAGCUGGAAGAAGCGUUGAGGACAGCGUCCGAGCUUGUGACCCGCGGAUCAAAGCAGAUUGAAUGUCUGGUAGAGAAUGCCGGCAAGCCUUGGGGCGAGGAAUGA